AGAAGUAGAUUCAAAUACACACACUUAAAAGCGGUGGAGAACAAUUUUUUCUAUCCACAAUAAUUUGAAACUUUGAAGACUUUUUGACUUCUUUAGUAAGAGAUUCUUUUCACAUGGAUUUAUUAUCACCUCAUCAAUGAAUCUCAAAUUGUGUGUGUGAACCAAAGCCUUCCAAAUGACAAAAUCUACACCACCAUGUAUCAAAAUGAAAAUCUUCAUUCUUGUCUCUUUUCUCAUUUUCACCUAUGCAAAUUCUCAACAAUCUCACUUAUACAAUCAAGAACAUGAAAUCCUAUUAAAAAUAAAAAACCAUUUUCAAAAUCCAUCAUUUCUUAGUCAUUGGACAAUAUCCAACACUUCAUUACAUUGUUCAUGGCCAGAAAUCCAUUGCACAAAGAAUUCAGUCACUUCACUUUUAAUGAUGAACAAAGACAUUACACAAACAUUACCACCUUUCCUAUGUGAACUCAAAAACCUCACUCACAUUGAUUUUCAAUACAAUUAUAUUCCAAAUGAGUUUCCAACAUCCUUGUACAAUUGUUCCAUGCUUGAAUAUCUUGACCUUUCACAGAACUUCUUUGUCGGUAACAUACCGAAUGAUAUCGAUCGGUUGGCCAGUCUGCAGUUUCUUAGCCUUGGAGCAAACAACUUUUCAGGUGAUAUUCCAAUGAGUAUUGGUAAGUUGAAGAAUUUAAAAAGUCUUCAAAUUUAUCAAUGUCUUGUUAAUGGUACUAUUGCUGAUGAAAUUGGUGAUUUGGUCAAUCUUGAAACUUUGUUAUUGUUCUCAAAUCAUAUGUUACCUAGGACAAAGUUGCCAUCUAGUUUUACUAAGUUGAAGAAUUUAAGGAAAUUUCAUAUGUAUGACUCCAACUUGUUUGGUGAGAUUCCUGAAACAAUUGGUGAAAUGAUGUCUUUGGAGGAUUUGGAUUUGUCAGGAAAUUUUUUGAGUGGAAAGAUUCCAAAUGGUUUGUUUAGUUUGAAAAAUUUGAGCAUAGUUUAUCUUUACCAGAAUAAUCUUUCUGGAGAGAUACCUGAUGUGGUUGAAGCGUUUGAGUUAACAAGCGUGGAUCUUUCGAUGAAUAAUCUUACUGGUAAAAUACCAGAUGAUUUUGGAAAACUCGAAAAGCUAAACGUCUUGAGUUUGUUUGAGAAUCAAUUAUCUGGAGAGGUACCGGAACGCAUCGGUCAUUUUUCGGCUCUGACUGAUUUUAUUGUUUUUCAGAACAAUUUAUCAGGUAAUCUUCCUCAAGAUUUUGGUAGGUACUCUAAACUCGAAACUUUUCAGAUUUCAUCUAAUAGUUUCAAUGGAAGGUUACCAGAAAAUUUGUGCUAUCAUGGAAGGUUAGUUGGUUUAAUGGUUUUUGACAAUAAUCUGAGUGGUGAGUUGCCAAAAUCUUUAGGUAGUUGUAGCAGUUUACAGUAUCUGAGAGUUGAGAACAAUGAGUUUUCUGGUAACAUUCCUAAUGGUUUAUGGACAUCUACGAAUUUGUCGCAACUUAUGUUAAGUGAGAACAAAUUCACCGGUGAGCUUCCCGAAAGAUUGUCUCAGAAUCUUUCAACACUAGCCAUAAGUUAUAAUCGGUUUUCUGGUAGAAUUCCAAAUGGAGUUUCUUCUUGGAAGAAUGUAGUGAAGUUCAAUGCUAGUAACAACUUUUUCAAUGGAAGUAUUCCAUUAGAGUUAACAUCUCUUCCUCGGUUAGAAACUCUUCUACUCGAUCAGAACCAGCUCACCGGUCAAAUUCCAUCGGAUAUAACAUCAUGGAAGUCUCUAGUAACAUUAAACUUGAGCCACAAUCAACUAUCUGGAGAAAUACCUGAUGCAAUUUGUCGGUUACGUUCACUUAGUAUGUUAGACUUAUCAGAAAACCAGAUCUCAGGCCGAAUUCCGCCUCAACUAGCACCUAUGAGACUCACAAAUCUCAAUCUCUCUUCCAAUUAUUUGACUGGGAGGAUUCCGAGUGACCUCGAAAGCCUUGUGUAUGACAGAAGCUUUCUGGGAAAUUCUGGUCUAUGUGCUGAUACAUUAGUACUAAACCUUACCUUGUGCAAUUCUGGAACUAGAAGCAGAAGAAGUGAUUCAUCUAUGUCUAAGGCUAUGAUCAUAAUCCUUGUUAUAGUAGCUUCUUUAACGGUUUUCUUGGCGGUGUUCUUGUCGAUCAGCUUUUACAAAAAAAGAAAGCAAUUAAUGAGAAGGACAUGGAAGCUAACUUCCUUUCAGAGGCUGAGUUUUACAAAAUCAAACAUUGUGACGUCGUUGUCAGACAAUAAUAUCAUUGGAAGCGGUGGAUUUGGUUCCGUGUACCGUGUUGCUGUUGAAGAUUUAGGCUAUGUUGCAGUGAAGAAGAUUAGGGGAAGUAGCAAAAAGUUAGACCAGAAGCUUGUGGAUUCAUUUCUUGCAGAAGUUGAAAUACUGAGCAAUAUUCGGCAUAGCAACAUUGUGAAGUUGAUGUGUUGUAUCUCAAGUGAUGAUUCUCUACUACUUGUAUACGAGUAUCAUGAAAAUCAAAGCCUUGAUAGGUGGCUGCACAAGAAAAGUAAGAUACCGGUUGUGUCAGGGACGGUCCAUCAUAACAUCCUUGAUUGGCCAAAGAGACUGCAUAUAGCCAUUGGAGCUGCACAAGGUUUGUGCUACAUGCAUAAUGACUGCUCACCGCCUAUUGUUCAUCGAGAUGUGAAGACAAGUAACAUUCUUUUGGAUUCUAAAUUCAAUGCAAAAGUUGCUGAUUUCGGUCUUGCCAGAAUAUUGAUCAAGCCAGAAGAACUUGCUACCAUGUCAGCUGUUGCUGGAACAUUCGGCUAUAUUGCUCCAGAAUAUGCUCAAACAAUACGAGUCAACGAGAAGAUAGAUGUCUACAGCUUUGGUGUAGUCCUAUUGGAACUGACAACUGGAAAAGAAGCAAAUCAUGGAGACGAAUUCUCGUCUCUUGCAGAAUGGGCGUGGCGCCACAUUCAGAUAGGAACCGAUAUAGAAGAACUUCUAGACGAUGAUGCUAUGGAACCUAGUAACGUGGAAGAAAUGUGCAGCAUCUUCAAACUUGGAGUUAUGUGCACUUCAACACUGCCAGCUAGUAGACCAUCAAUGAAGGAAGUCGUGAAGAUAUUGAGAAACUGCAAGGAUCCACUCGCCAAUGUGGAGAAGAUUGUUGAUAUCUAUGAUGCUGCUCCACUUCUUAAGAAUUUGAAAUGGGAAAAGCAGGUUGAAUACUCAGUAUGAUAGCUAUGCAGUCAAAAUUAAGUUCCUCUAAAAUUAGAGUGUACUUUGGAAGAAUAAGUGCUAUGAUAUCAUUAACCUUUGAAAAUGUGAUAAAACAAAUGCACAUUUGUAACAAAAUAGGAAACUGAGUUUUGGACUAACUGUUAUAGUUCCUAACUUCAUCUUUUAAAGUGCACAAUUCACUUUAAACUUCAAAGGAGAUGAAUCCAAAGUUUUGUGUAAAUGGUUGCUAUGUUUAGAUUUCAGUUGUCUACAUGUUUGGAACAAAUUCAACUAUAUAUAUAUCCAUUGUCAUCGAUAAACAUAAUUGGCCUUCGAUUCGAGAGAA